AAAAAAAUGAAAUUAUUGCUUUCUCUUCUUGCUUCCGUUUUCUUCAUUUUGAUGAUUCGGAGUUUGAGUGGUCACGUAGAGAGUGCCUCCUCAAAAUAUGAACUCACCUAUCUCCCACUCUGCAAUGGUCGAAUGACAAGUAAGCAAUAUACAGGCUUUGUCGAUAUUCCAACCGGACAACAACCAGCCAAAAAGUUGUUUUACUGGUUUGUUACUUCAAAGAGAAAUCCUGCUAAAGAUCCAGUUGUGUUGUGGUUAACGGGAGGUCCAGGUUGUUCAGGACUUUUGGCUUUAAUGACAGAAAAUGGUCCAUUCCUCUUUACACCAUCAGGAAAUUCAAUUAUUGAGAAUCCACAUUCAUGGAAUCAACAAGCUAAUAUUAUUUAUUUGGAACAACCGUAUGGUGUCGGUUUUAGUACUGCUAAUCCUGUCAAUAGUACCAACUAUCCAUCAGGUGACAAUGAAACUGCAACUGAUAAUUUGAGAUUUUUGAUUGGAUUCUUUACUGAAUUAUUCCCUGAAUUUUCAUCAAAUCCAUUCUUUGUCAGUGGUGAAAGCUAUGGUGGUAAUUAUGUUCCAUUGCUCGCCAGAGAAAUUUUAAAGUACAAUACUAACAGUCAAAAGAAGAUUUCAUUCAAAGGAUUGAGUGUUGGUAAUCCAACAAUGGAUAAUGAUUUGGAUGCUAAUGCCUAUUUCCCAUUCAUGUUCCAUCAUGCUUUGGUUGGAAGUGAAGAAUUUGAUCUCUAUCAAAAACAAUGUCCAAACUUUAAUACUCCUUCUGCUCAAUGUCAAAAUAUUAUUAAUGACAUUAGAAAUAAUAUUGGACCAAUUAACCCAUACAAUAUUUAUGCUGACUGUAUUGGAAAGCCAUCUGUUGGAGGUGCUUGUUUCACUCAUCAACUUGCCUUGCAAGCUGGUAAGAAGGUUGUAAGAAGAGUCUCUGAUUCUCAAACCUACAUUCCAUGCAUGAAUGUUACUGGUAUUUCCAAUUAUUUCAAUAGAAGAGAUGUCCAACUUGCUGUUCAUGGUAUUUCAGCAUCUGAAAACACCAAGUUCUGGGAUGUUUGUUCAACUGUUCUUCAAUAUAACGAUAUGGUCAACUCAAUGAUUCCAAUCUAUCAAGAAAUUUAUCAAUAUGAUCCUAAUUUCUAUACUCUUAUUUAUUCUGGUGACGUUGAUUCAUGUUGCCCAUAUCCAUCCACUGAAAGAGCUGUCCAAAAAUUUGGCUUCCCUCUCACCAUUCCAUACCAUCCAUAUUUCAUUAACAAGCAAGUUGUUGGUUAUAUUAAGGGUUAUAAUCCAAGUAGAAACAUGUUCUUUGCCACAGUUAAGAAUGCUGGUCACAUGGUACCAACUUAUCAACCAGAGGUUGCUAUCUUGUUGUUCAAUUCCUUCCUUAAUGGUCAACUCGCAAAUCUCUAAUUAUUAUUCGAUAAAUUAUAAUUGUUUUGAUUCU